AUGGCACGACGACGGAGUAGUCGAUUGUCCCUUGUGGGAGUCAACGUGGAGACUCUCGUCGAGGAUCCGGCUACAGUGGAAGAACCAGCCACCACGCGUCCGGAUGACCAGCACAGCGGGUCCGAUGCCCCAUACAGUGCCAGUGACGGCAAUCGACCUGCAGAAGAACCUCCGGCCACCUCUUCAGGGUGCGAAGGAGUUGAGGAGGAUGCGCAUGAUGACCAGGCAGCAUCAGGCGGAUCUGGUCGUGAGGUGGAAGCUGCAGGCCAUGAACAAGUCCCUGAGCCGUACACAGAAGCAGCUGCACCACCAGAGGCCGUAGGAGGAACAGCACCCGCCCAGCAAACGGAGCAAGAGGUGAAGCCGACGGCUGAUGCGAAGGGACGCGAGGACGAGAAGACAGAGGAUCCGUGGAGCCUCUGCGCUGAAGAAGUUUGGAAGUUCGAGGAGAACCAGGUGGGAAAGUGGAAGGAGAACAUCAAUGGUCUUCUGCUAUUCGCGGGGUUGUUCUCGACGAUCCUAUCUGCGUUUCUUGCUGCGUUCUACUUGCUGCUUGGACCUCAGAUGCCAGAUGCGACGGCUCAAGUGCUCGUUGUCAUGUCGGUCCAGCUCAGCGUCCUCACCACUGCCAUCGCACACCAAAACUUGACAAAGGAGCAGCAAACCAUCCUCGAUGCUGCAAUUGCGACCACUGCUCCCACAACCACCACCAUUUCCACCGGCGUCCUAUGGUUCAUCGCACUCAUAUUCAGUCUCAGUGCUGCAUCCAUCAGCAUCGCCGUCGGGCAGUGGUUGCAUCAUCACACGGAUCGAGCCUCGAGUCUGUCACGCCAGAGUGUUCGCAUCUGGUCCCUCCGUCGGCGCGGUCUUCAGAAGUGGCAUGUCCAGGCAAUCAUCGACAUCCUGCCAAUUCUCCUUCAAAUCUCGCUCGCACUGUUCCUCGUCGGGCUCUUGAAUCUCGUCUGGCACCUGAAUUAUAUCGUUGCCAGCACCUCGACGAUCAUAGUCACUGCACUACUCCUGCCGACGCUCCUCACCGUCUUGAUGCCGUAUUUCCACGCUGACUGUCCGUACAAAUCCCGCUCCGCAUGGUGGUGCUAUGUAGCUUUGAAUAGGUUUACCCACAGCCACUGCCCUGCGUGGGCGGUCAAGUGUUGGGAGACGCUGGGGGUAAGCAUUACCGAAGCGCUUUCUGCCACCACAAAGAGAGUGCGAAGUCUUCGUGGCUUUCCUGCAGCUACAAGAAAUAUUCUGUCAGAACUGUGUCGACUCCGCCCAGCGGCCAUAAUCACGCCCACUGCAAAUGGCAUCAAAUGCUUGGCGAGAUCGCUCUGGGACUACACGUGCAAGCUCCCUUCCGCCACUUUGUGCAACUUGUUAAUCCUGCUGGAAAUCAUGACAAAUUGGCUCACCAUCAUCCGGUACCACUGCGCCAGCUGGAUGCGAUGGCGUCCACGUAUAUCUGAAGCAUGGAGUAAAUGGCAUUCAGAUACCCUCGGAGCGCGGAGCUGGCGAGAGUUUGAUAACGUGCUAGUCCGCGCUGACAAUACACCAGAGGAAGAGAAACUGAUGCUUUUGGCGGAGGCGGAUGAAAUCAUCAUGGAUGAUGCAUUCCUUGUCAAUGUUGUGCAUCCUUGCUUUCAGAAUGCCUCUCUUGAAUCUGCGCUGCCUGCCCUUCUUCGUAUCCUUUGCCAUCGAGCCCACGAGGUGACACUAGGAAAGGAUUCCUGGCACAAUGACAUGACAGUACUCAAAUGGCUGACGAGCGAGCAAGAUUCGGCCGCAAUCAUUGCGCUAGCGGACCUCUGUGUUGACGUCAUCGAGAAAUACAAUGACCCGGAAGAUCGCAACGACGACCAUCUCGUAGACCAUCUUCUACAGCUUCUCCGCGCAAUGCCUCUCAUCGAUCCCGCGAGAACGGUAUGUGAUCGUGCGAGAGAUCUCAUACAAUGGGCAGCAGAACAUCAGGGGUGGCUUCAUGAAGCGCGCUUAGACAAGCUUGACGAUGGGGCGGAUGCUUGGCUCCGUGCUGCGCAUAAGGAUGAUUCUCUGGAGCUGUUUUACAACAUACUGCGGAAGAGGGUUGAGGCUAGAUGGACAGUCAGCAAUCUGAUGACACCUUCUUUGGGCCAUCGUGCUCUGGAUGUCUUGGACAAGGCACUUCUAGAGUCACGAGAGGCGAGUACAGAGCAUCAACUGCUUAUCCUCGAAGCAGUGGGGAAGACCUGUGAAGUCGGCCCGAAUGCUACGUCAGUCUAUGCCCGCCUCCCUCGCCUGUUGCCUGGUCUAGCGCUGUCCCAGGAGGCUCUCGACAAGCUUGUAGAUAUCAUCUGGCUCUUUUGUUGGAAUUUCCGACUCGACAGCGAGGACACCUGGAGACUGCUCACAUUCCUACCACAUGCCCGCGAGCGGCUCGGCACCAAGCGAUUCCUCUGGAUCACAUUUUUAGCGCUGAGGCACUCAGAACGACUCCCGCCUGACGACUUUGGUCGUGUUCAUAGCGAUGUUCGUGAUGCGCUAGAUGUCGUUGUCGAGUACUUCAGCUCGUCUCGCAUAGAGGAGGUGGUCCAGGCGCGCGCUUGGUGGCAAUUCUCGAUGCUCCUCAAUGUAUGCGUCGGGCUCGCGCUAGAGGAUACCGCACGGCCUGCUCGCAAUGGCCCACUCGUUACUCGCGAAGUUGUCAAUGCGCUGGAGCGCUGUGCAUCGCGAUGCCCCGAAAACGAAUUUUGGAGAGAUGACAUCAGAGACCGAAUGGAAACAAUAUGCAGUAUUGUUGGCUACUCCACCGGCUCGUAUCUAUUCAGAAUUCUCAGUGACCCUGUCGCAGGGGAAAUUGUGAGCCCCGCACCGGUGCCACGACACGUCGAUGAAGCACUGUCACGAGUUGGUACGGCGUCUAGCCGUUUUUAA